AAUUUCGCUCACCUGAAAGAAAAACUGAAAAAAACCCUCUGCUCUCUCUUUCCGAUCGAUCAGAUGCUUUCUUGAGAGAGAGAGGGAGAGAGAGAGAGAUUUCCGUCUCUGUAGCAGAAAUGGCGCAGAAGCAGCUGCAGAAGCAGCUGCAAAAGCAGCUGAGAGAGCUCGGAUCGAAGCUCGAAAACCCUCCGACUUCCAAAGACGCUCUAAUCAAGCUCUUGAAGCAAGCUGCAACUUGUCUUUCUGAGCUGGACCAAUCGCCAUCACUAUUAAUGAUGGAGUCAAUGCAGCCAUGUCUUAACUCAAUUGCCAAAGCAGAGCUUCUGAAACACCAAGAUAGAGAUGUGAAUGUCCUGGUUGCAAAUUGCAUUUGUGAGAUUACCCGUAUCACAGCUCCGGAAGCUCCUUACAGUGAUGAUGUUUUAAAGGACAUUUUUCAGUUGAUUGUGGGUACAUUUAGUAGGUUGGGCGAUGUCAAUGAUCCGUCAUUUGGUAGGAUGGUCGUUAUCUUGGAAACACUUGCAAAAUAUAGGUCAUGUGUUGUCAUGUUGGACCUUGAAUGUGAUGAUCUAGUGAAUGAAAUGUUCAGUACAUUCUUUUCUGUUGCAAGUGAUGAUCAUCCAGAGAGUGUUCUCACAUCAAUGCAGACAAUCAUGGUCUUUCUUUUAGAUGAGAGUGAGGAUAUCCAGGAGCAGCUGUUACUAAUUUUGUUGUCUGCUUUAGACUGGGAAAAAAAUGGUUCUUCUAUGGCUGCACGGAGGCUUGCUAUGCAUGUUAUACAACACUGUACAGGAAAGCUUGAACCUUGCAUCAAGCAGCUUAUUGUAUCAUCAAUGUCAGGGGAUAACAGCUCUUUGAAGAGCCAACUGAACUAUCAUAAAGUCAUUCGUGAUAUAUAUCAAUGUGCUCCUCAGAUCCUUGGCAAAAUUGUUCCAUACCUUAGAGGAGAACUAUUGACAGAUCAAUUAGAUAUGCGGCUGAAAGCGGUGAAGUUCCUUGGAGACCUAUUUGCUUUACCUGGCCAUGCCAUCUCUGAAACAUUUCAGCCACUCUUCUCUGAGUUUCUGAACCAGCUAUCUGAUAGAGAAGUGGAAGUUCGUGUUGCUGCUGCUGAGAAUGUAAAAAAUUGUCUGCUGUUGAAUCCUUCCAGAACCGAAGCUCCAGAGAUCAUAACUGCCCUCUGCAAGCAGCUUCAUGACUGUGAUGAAAAUGUUCGGAAACUAGUUGUCUCUGCAGUUUUUGAUGUAGCAUGUCUCGAGUUGAAAUCAAUUCCAGCUGAGACUAUUCAACUUGUUGCUGAGUGCCUUCGAGACAAAUCUAUUAGUGUUAAAAAAUAUACUAUGGAGAGGCUAGCAGAGCUAUACAGGCAUUAUUGCUCAAAGUAUUCUGGGGGUUCAGUUAGUGCUGAUGAAUUCAAGUGGAUGCCUGGGAGGAUAUUAAGAUGUAUCUACGACAGAGAUUUCAGAUCCGAGGCAAUUGAAGUUAUUCUAUGUGGUUCUCUACCCGUUGCCGAGUUCUAUAUCAAAGAUAAAGUAAAAUAUUGGAUAACAAUUUUCUCAGGGUUCGAAAAAGUUGACAUGAAAGCUCUUGAGAAGCUUCUUGCGCAGAAGCAAAGGUUACAGCAAGAAAUGCAGAAGUAUCUGUCUAUUAGACAGACAAAUCAGGACAGUGAUGCUCCUGAGCUGCAAAAGAGAAUUGUGCUCUGCUUCCGGACCAUGUCUCAGUUGUUUGGCGAUCCUGGGAAGGCUGAGGAGAGUUUUCGGAUUCUUCAUCAAUUGAAAGAUGCAAAUAUUUGGAAGAUUUUAACAAAGCUACUUGAUCCUGACACUAGUUUCCAGCAAGCUUAUACUGCUAGGGAUGAGUUGCUUAAGAUCCUGGUUGAGAAACACCCACUUCAUGAUUUUCUGGGAACACUGUCAAUCAAGUGCUCUUACUUACUCUUCAACAAGGCGUAUGUGAGGGAAAUUCUUUUGGAGGUUGAUGCAUACAAAUCUGCAGGAAAUACAGAACUCGUUCAAUCAUGCAUGAAUCUACUGGUGGUUCUUGCAUCAUUCUGUCCAUUGUUUCUGGCUGGGUCUGAGGAGAACCUCCUUAAUCUUCUACUUAAAGAGGACAAUGAGAUAAUUAAAGAGGGUAUUGUGCAUGUUCUGGCAAGGGCUGGUGGAAACAUUCGAGAACAACUUUCAAUGACCUCUAGUUCAGUAGAACUUCUAUUAGAGAGGCUAUGUUUAGAAGGUAGCCGGAAGCAAGCCAAGUAUUCUGUACAGGCUUUAGCAGCGAUAAUGAAAGAUGAUGGGCUCAAGUCUCUUUCAGUUCUAUACAAGAAGCUUGUGGACAUGCUGGAGAAAAAAACACAUAUGCCUGCUGUACUACAAUCUCUGGGAUGCAUAGCGCAAGCUGCAUUGCCAGUUUUUGAAACCAGAGAGGAUGAAAUUGUGGAUUUUAUAAUGGGAAACAUUCUUCAGUGCAGUAAUGAGGAAGAUAACACUAAAGCCUAUUGGGAAGAACAAAGUGAACUAUGUUUCUUGAAGAUAUUUGGCAUUAAAGCUUUGGUGAAGAGCUACUUACCUGCAAAAGACGCUCAUCUGCGUCUGGGAAUAGAAAAGCUGUUUGGAAUCCUAAAGAAUUUAUCUUCUUUUGGGGAGAUUUCGAAGGAUAUAAAAUCAAGUACUGCAGAUAGGGCCCAUCUGAGGCUUGCUUCAGCAAAAGCAAUCCUACGCUUGUCGAAGUACUGGGAUCAUAAAAUUCCUGUUGAUAUCUUUCAUUUGACCUUAAGAACAUCACAGCAGGAGAUCCAUCCUGAAGCUAGGAAAAUAUUCCUCAGGAAAGUACACCAAUAUAUAAAGGAGCAGCGGCUGGAUGCAAAGUAUGCUUGUGCUUUCUUAUUCAACAUAACAGGAUCUUGUCCAGCUGAGCUUAAAGAGGGCAGAGACUACCUAAUUGAAGUUGUUCAAAUGUGUAACCAAGAAAAGGCAUGUCAGCUAUCUGGGCCACAUGAUGCAAACUCACCUGUGGCGUAUCCAGAAUAUAUUCUUGCAUAUCUGGUCCAUGCUCUAGCACAUCAUUCUUCAUUUCCUAAUAUUGACGACUGCAAGGAUGUUCAAGCAUUUGAACCAGUCUACCAGCAAUUACAUAUGUUUCUUUCUGUGCUGAUGCCUGGACACAAAGAUGGGCAAUCGGGGGCUAAUUUCAACAAAGAGAGUGUUUUUGUAAUAAUGUCCAUCUUCCAGAGUAUCAAGUAUUCUGAAGAUAUCGUUGAUGUAAUGAAGUUGAAGAACUCACAUGCAAUAUGCGACCUUGGGAUGUCAAUCGUCAAGCGUUUAGUUCGUAACCAGGCAGACUUUUCUGAGUCAACUACAUCAGCUCCGCUACCUCCAUCACUGUACAGAUCACUUAAGAAGAAUGAAAGUGACAACCCUGAGGCCAACAGAGAGCAGUCGUGGUUGGCUGGUUACAGCGUCUUGGCUCAUUUUGAAUCACUUUACUGUGAGAAUGAGCAACCGAUUCAUUCAGACAAUCCCGAUGAUAAGAACAUUGAAGAGGCUGUAGAAGAUGGUGAUGAAGUUGAGACCCAAGUGCCUUUGCGGAAGGUGAUGAAACAUCUGAAAUCUCGGGGUACCAAGAAAAAGAAACCAGCGAAAAACCCUCCAUUGGAUGAAAGAAAUAACCCUGAAAAUGAUGUCGAUAUUUUGGGAAUGGUGAGAGAAAUAAAUCUGGAUAAUCUGGAAAGGGCCAAUGAUAUGGAAUUUGGCAGGUUAGCCAAUGAUAAUGAACAUUUUGUAAGAGAAGAAACCGCUUAUCAAAAAAUUAGUACGAAAGUUCCUGUAUUUGUCAAAAGGAAAAAGAGAAGCAGCAGGGAAAAAUCUAUACCAGUUCCAAAGAGCAAGAGACCACCUUUUGGUCAGGACAUUCAUGCAUGGUCUUUCUCAAAGAAGUCAGCAGAGGGCCUGAGAAAAGAUGCUGUGGAAAGUUUGCAUAGAGCUGAAAUUUCCACCUUGCAAUCCAUUGAAAAACCUUCUAAGGCCAAAGAAAUGGCAGAACUCACCAAACCAGACUUGAUGUUAUCAUGCUCCCCAAUGAUUAAAAACUCUUCAGGACAUAAAAAGAAACACGCGGAGUCUAAUGACUUGGCAAAUCCUUCUGUUGCAGCUCUCAACCAUGAGCCAAAGAAGUCCUCUCCACUAGUAGAGCUUGAUGAGAAGAAUUCAAUCGAUAAUCCCAAAAUAUCCCUGGUGUCUGGCAAAAAGCGUAAAAGAAGUAUUGGACUGGAAAAGUGUUCAUCUGAGAGUGCUGAAAAACACAAGGAAUUGAUUGGGUGCAGAGUAAAAAUUUGGUGGCCAUUGGAUAAGAAGUUUUAUGAAGGCAUGGUUCAAUCUUAUGACCCGACAAAGAAUAAACAUGUGAUAUUGUACGAUGACGGAGAUGUGGAAGUUCUCCAGUUAGCUAAGGAGCGGUGGGAGGUUGUCAGUAAUGGUUAUACGCCUAGGAAGCAACAAAAAUCACCAAGCAUUUCUCCAUCUCAAGUGACAUCACCAGAACAGAAAAAGGGUAAAAGGCCACAAGGCAGCUCAAGACAAAAUAAGAAUUCCAUUAAGAAAUUCAGAAGGAAAACUCCAAAGAAAAGUAAAGAGCACAUCCAUGUUGGAAUAUCAGAAAGCAACAUUGAUGCUGAUUCCAGUGACACUGAGAGCAGAGAUGCCUCUCACUCAUCAAAUUUCCACACUCAAACUGUUCCCAAAGUUGAUGAUGAUAACUUAGGGUGCAUUCUUCUUGUUCUUGUUCUAGUGGAUUUUCUACUAGGAGGGUGUAGUCUUCCACAGUCCCAUCUGUCCCUAAUUUCAGAGAAUUCUGAACAGAAACAAGCAUCCCACUCGGAAGGCACAGAGAAGUCAGAAGACCCAAAAGACCUAAAAGAAUCAGAUGAAGAAGAGAAAUCAGAUUCUCCCAAUGCAGGGCCCGGUGGGGAUUCCGAGGACGAGCCCCUUAGCAUGUGGAAGCUACGGGCAGUAAAAGUAGCCUAAAGCCUGAGGUUGGCCUUCUCUUUGAGGACCCAUGGAUGGAUUUCAGCCAUGUGGUACGGUCUAGUUGGGCUUUUCAAUAUGAUUGCUGAUGGUAAGUGAUGAAUGUUGAUGCUCACACAGAUGGUAGUAAAUGAUAGUGCCACAAUUGCCAGGAUAGGGAAGCGGGUCAUUGUGUACCAUGUAACAUAGUUGUUUAACAAACCAUCUGCAUGUUGCCAUAUCUCCAGUAGAAAUAAAAAGUUCAGAGUGCUUUUCUCCCUCUUGCGCCUUUUGCGAGAGUUCAAAGGCGCCCACUGACAUGUUGCUUCAGAAAAUACAAUGAGAUUUGAGAGGAAAGGAGCUAGUAGAGAAGGUAGAUGAUUCCAUUUAUGAACCAUACAAACUCUGGUGCAUGACCUAUCCCAUCCCUCCAGUUGGUGCACAUGCCAUUGAUCGAUGGGUUGUAUGAUGUAAAGUUGCUGUCAGAUUGACAUCUUACCCUUACAGCAGUUGGUCUUUAGAAAAGGCCUUGGACCUAAGUGUUGAGGUCUUUUCAAUGGUUUGAUUUUUGGGCUGCAUGCCAUGGAACAGUCAGUAGAUUUAUUGAUGGUCCAUAUCAAUGUGUAUGUGGUUGUAUUGUAGAAAUAGUUUAUAUACUUGACUUCAGAUGUGUAGUUUAUGCAUUAUAAUUAGUACAACGGAUCCUCCUCUUUUUUUUUUUU